AUGAAACCGGUGUUAAAUGUGGCGGAACCUCCUUAUUUAAGUGUACUCAGCACAUGGGUUUUAGAUUUUAAAAAAUUGCCAAGAGGUGGCAACUACGGGGAAAGUCCCGUGGUAUCGGUGGACCGGGGCGCCGAGCUUCAUGGGCUCCUGCCCGAGCUCAAUGGCGUCGAACUGGCAAUGAGCCUGAGCCCCAAACAGCACCUACACCAGAACAGUCAAGCCCAACAGGCUCUUAGUCACCUGCAACAACUCCACCACUCCACUCCUUUCAGCGUCACCGACAUACUCAGUCCUAUUGAGGAAUCCUACAGGAAGUUGGAGUUAGCUGCCAACCCUCCAUCGCCAUAUAGAUCCACUUCGAGUGGCAGUAGUAUUAAUUCUCCGGGAGCUAUCGGUCCAACCGGAAGCGGAAGCGGCUGCAGCAUGAAUGGAGGUUACCCCGUCAUGGGACAGUUCGGCGGUGGCCAGUACUGUCCGGUGUCGGAGAACAUCGGACUCGCCCCCCAUUACUCGUCCGGAUGGUACCAGAGUUCAGCGGCGGAUCCUCGAUUCGCAAUUUCCAGGCUGAUGGGCACGUCAGCCGCGUCGGCCAACAUGGGCCACGGAUUGAACGCUGCCGGCAUGCCUGGCCUGGGCGCAUGCGCGGGAGUGGCCGACACCAAACCGAUGCAGUUCCCGUUGGCGCAGCGACGCAAGAGGCGGGUCCUUUUCACGCAAGCCCAGGUCUACGAAUUGGAACGAAGGUUUAAACAACAAAAGUAUUUAUCGGCUCCUGAAAGAGAACAUUUGGCGUCAUUGAUCCACCUAACCCCCACGCAAGUGAAAAUCUGGUUUCAAAACCACAGGUACAAGUGCAAGAGGCAAGCCAAAGAAAAGGCCAUGGCUGAACAAAACCAACACAACCAGUCGUCCAGUUCGCCGAGACGGGUCGCAGUUCCGGUACUAGUCAAAGACGGCAAACCGUGUUCCGGCGGCACCAACCAGUCCGGGACUUCCGCUUCCGGUCAGGCCACUUCAGACACAUCUCGGACGCAACAGUCUCCGGCCUGUCAGGCGGCCCAAUCCCAAGCACAGUGCAUGGCCAACGGGAGCCUCGCCAUGGCCUACGGCCGGCAACAGGCCAGCAAUUACCAGCAGCAAUGCGGGGCCUAUUUACCUCUGCAGGCCAGGGCGUGGUAGUGCCACGAACAAUACGGGCUGGUGUACAGCAGUGACAUGUGAUUUUGAUUUUAGCGACAGGAGCGGUUAUUUUGUUCAAUUUCGGUGUGACGUGCUGAAAGGUUGGUACCGUUGCGUCGG